UUCAAGGCACAGCCAAGAAAAGGGGGACCAGCCUCUCCAGCCUGAUGUGAGGCCUCCCCAAGCUCUUCCCCAGCCCUGGGCCCCUGCCUACUUCAGGGAGGGGGUGGGCAAGAGACAGGAAGCCGGAAGCCCUAAUCUAACCCAGGUCACAGUCCCUACCUCCUUCACCCAGUCUGCCCACCCCAGGCUGUUUCAUAGCCAGAGCUCCCGACGUCGGAGAGGCCAGAGCCCCACUCACAGACCAGAGGGCCAGAUGGCUCUGUCCAGGCUCAUGGGCCUGGUGGCGCUGGGAGCUCUGCCAGGGGUGCUGGGCUCCGAGGAAAGUGGCUCCCACAACUCCGUCACCGUGUGCCUGCUGGUGUUGUUACUGCUGAUCCUGAUGGUGGGCCUGGCCCUGGCCUGGUAUCACCUUAGCCGGGAAUCCGGGGGCUACUACCACCCCACCCGCCUGGGCACCUCCCUGUGGAGCCGGGCCUGCCGGCUGCUGCGGGCCACGGUGGCCCGGUGGCUCAGAAGGUCAGCCGAAGAGCUUCAGGACAGUAUGGAAAAGCAGGAGGAGGAGGACGAGGAGGACGAGGAGGACGACUCAGAGCCAGAAGGGGAGAAAGAGAAGCAGCUUGGCCAGGACAAGAACACGGUGCCCAGGAGCUCAGGGGGUCCAGAAGCAGCCCAGGGGGAAGACCGCCCCAAGCAGGGGCCUGAGCCUGAGCCCUCCCAUUCCGGGGGCCGCGCCGAGGCCCUGCUGAGUGACCUGCAUGCCUUUUCAGGGAGUGCAGCCUGGGAGGAUGGGGCAGGGACAGAGGGGGGCCACAGCCUCAGUGUCACCGCGCUCUAGGCAUGGGGGGCUCUGCCUUUGCCUCCCUGCUGCCCACUUCUGCCACCAAAGCCACCAGGGGGUAAACAGGGCCUCCCCAGCCUUCUAGCAGCCCCGCUCAGCUCAGCCUGCCCACAUCCUGAGUACUCUACAGUCUACUCCCACGGUCCUGAAGGCGUGAGAGCGCUACAUGUCUCACCACAUCGAUCUUUGGUGGCACUGGCCCCCAGGACUGUGUACCACACAGCAAUGCCCAUCUGUCUCUGCACUGCCCCCUCCCCUUGCCCCAAACCAAGACCACUAAGCUGGCCCCGUCCUUGUAGAUGUGUGGGCAAAAGGUCCAGGACGGGGGAGACAGCCCCCUUUGAAAUAAAGACUCCUACACUGGA